UCGCUUACACACACACAAGGAGGACGGAGACUACCCGUGGAUUACAGACUGCAUGGGAAUAACCUGGACAAAGUUAACACCGAUAAUAACACGGACUUUUCUUCCGGAUUAUGCGUCCAGAGAGGACUUUUUUUUUUUUUAGCGGAGAAACAUCUUUACGGUGGAUUUGAGGACGCUUGGAGAGUGAAUGAAAUGUGGUAACAAAAACAAAAACAUAGAAGUGAGGCAUGAGAGGACUUAACUAAAAUCAUUGAUUGAGAGAUUACUCUUCAUGCAAUGCAAUCUGGAUAUCCACAAAGCCAAGCAGGAGGUUCUCCUGCAUUCUACCAACACUGGCAUAAUGACGCUUUCCAGUCAGUGCAGAAAAAUAGUACUGCAUUUGCACCAAUAUUUCAACCUGCAAAUGGACAAAACAUCCCAGCUAUUCCUAAUGAGCUCAAAGUGGCUUAUGAUCCACCCCAGAGGCAAUGGGGGAACACACAGUCAUCACAGCAUAAUUUAGCAUUUCAGCGGAAAAACAAGUUGCAGGUGGUCUUAGAAUGUUAUGGGCCUCACAACCUGAUACAGAUCAAGCCAAACGGUCACCACCACAAAAGUACAGAAGUUAAUGCCGUCCCACAAGCGUUUGUACAUGACACUGUCCAAUCUCAUAAUUUUUCAACUUCUGGCAAUGUUGGCGGACAACAAAGAAAAUUGUUCAAAUCAGAUAUGAAUAAUGAUGAGGAACACCAGCAGAAACAACUUUUAAAUUAUUCCUCAUUGGAAAGUACCAAUUCUGCAGUGAUUCAGAGUUACAGCCUUGGAGUCGCAGCACAGACUUCAGAGCGUGCGAUGAGACUGAUUCAUUCUUCACCCCUGCUGUGUGGCUUACUAAAAAGAAAUCCUACAAAUAAGGGGAGCCUUCCCACCUUGUCCUCAAAGUCAGAGGAAAAUAAUGGCAAUAACUACAGACAUCCUACAACACAAAACCCACAUAGCUCAGGAACUCAAACAAGAUCCCAUCAGCAGCAGGACAUCACUUCAUCCCAUCAGCAGCAGGACAUCACUUCAUCUGUGAGCUCUCAGAGGGGCUUGCCAGCUUGGAAAACAGAUGAACAAAUACUGGAUUACAUUAAAGAAAAGAUUAAAAUGUUUAAGACAAAUAAUGGACACAAGAAUAAAAAUAAAAGGCUGAAUUCCAAUAACAGGGAUUCAUUAAAAUCUAACAUCAAGUCAAACACUUCUGCACAUUCAACCACCUUUAACUCUGAAGAGGGACAAGGUCUGGACCCUUCUGUGACAGAGCAUUACUUAAAUACCCUUUGGCCACGACGUGAAGUGGACAGUUCAGAGGGCAGCAAAGCACAUCCUGAGUUUGCUGUGAAGUCUGACAUGGCGGACAGUUGUGGUACAUCUGCACCAGAGCAACAUCCCACAGAAUAUCAACAAAUUAUGCAGAAGGUUGCUGGCUCUCUCACAAAGAAUGAAGAUGAAGUUCCUAUAGUUCUCACCACAUGGUCUGGGAUGACCAUGGAUGAACUGGCUGAGAACCACCCUGGUUCUACGCUGAACUGCAGCUCUUCAGAAGAAGAAUACAAAACUCAGUGGUUAAAUACCAAUAGCAAUUUGGAUAGUAUAGACCAAGUACCUGGUGUGUCUUGGUCUCUCUUGUCAGAGAACAAAAGAGGAGCUGUUCCAAAGGCAAAAGCAGAGGUAGGACAAGUUGAUUGUGACCCCUCAAUGGAUCUUCCAUUCAAGUCUUCAAGACCACUAGCAUUUAAAGUUGUCAGUGAAGAUGUGACUGCAGGCAAAAUGAAGAAUACUGAAGAUCAACACCAGUUGAUCCACCACAGUGGAUCCAAGUUUAAAUCACAAGCUGAUAAAAUUCAAAUAUGUAAUGCAAAAUCACUUCUAGAGCAAAGUGGGGACCAUUCUAACCAAAAACAUUUGAAGGGUGAACAGGACAGUGUUUGUUUAGGCUUUGCACUUUUUGAAAGCAAAGCUGAAAGACAAGAACCUCUGCCCGAAAGCAAGGUUGAGGAUUUUUGUAAAAAUCCACAGUAUGAAGACAUUUCAGAUGAAGACCAGCCACGCAUGGUUGCACAAGUCGCUAAAACAAUACAUGAGGGAUCAAAUAUUUUAGUUGGUUGUAGAGACCCACAGUAUGAAGACAUAAGUGAAGACGAUAAUUCACAGAACAGGAAUUUUGAUUUGGAUAUCGAAAUGGCUGAGUCCAACAGCGCACAGUCUCCAUUGGAAAAUGAGGACUUAAGACAUAAACAGGGUCAGGCUGAGAUGAAAUCAGACAACAUUUCAAUUGAGGACCAUUCUCCUGAAUUGCCUGACGACGUACAAAAAUGCUGCUGCCCAUAUUACAUUGAAACUGAACACGGUUUUGAAAGCAUGUUAUGUCCCAAUUGUGAAAGGCACCUGGAACGGCAAAAAGACCAACCCAUCAUAUGUAGUUCUUUGUCUGAUCAGAAAAAUGAAGAUGCUGAUGGUCAAAAUAGUGACUCAGAGUCAGAUGAUGACUUCAUAGUCAUACCCCUCAUUGUAUCAAAUCUCAAAUUUGAAUCAGAAGAUCAAAUCCACAAAAACAAAGAUAUUAUUGUCCUAUCUGAUGAUGAAUCUAGUGAAACUGAUGGUGAAGGAAGACAGGCAGGGCCAUGUUCAACACGCUAUGACUCAAGCCAUCCAGCUUCAGUACCACAAGCAGCUAAUCGUAUAGAAAUUUAUGAAACACUUAAGAGCUAUUUACGAGAACAAAAUCUUGAAAGAUCUUAUGACUGUUUGGCAGCCAAUUCAGAUGUUGUGUCUGACAAGAUCACAUCUGAAUGUGAAAUGUCCUCUACAGGAUCUGUACCUUAUCCUACUGUCCCCUCUGAGACAGAAGGCACCUCAGAAACUGAAGACAGCUGCAAUUACUCCUCUGACCCAGAAAGCAACUAUUUGACAGUAUCCAAGUGCUUAUUGGUGGCGAGGUCGUCAUAUGGGCCUGUAGAGGCAGAUGACUCUGUAUCUGCAGCAGAGAAUGAGGUGAAUGAUUAUAUGAAUGUUCAUACAAGUAAAACAAUGGCAUGCCCUACAUCAAAAGCGGGGCCCUCUGACAAGUCAACUACUUUUCAAAAACUUAGACAGCUGAUGAACACCAAGUCUAGCCGGAAGAGAAAUCGACCAAAGGUCAACAAACAAAGGAUUUCUAAACAAAAUGAUACAAUUGAUUCUGAGUCAGAGGAUGAAAGUGGCCAAAAUUGCAAAAAGGUGAAAAAAAGAUUUUUUUCAUCAAGAUCUAAUGCCCCAUAUACUCAACACCAUGGACACCCCCCAAAAGCUGUCAACUCUGAAAUUUAUCAUGCACAGUUUGAAGAUGCAAUGAAUGAUGAGGAGCGUUCAGACACUCAGGACAGAAGAGACCCAGACUUUAAAAAGGUGAAGAGGAAAAGCUCAUCUUCAGAGUUGGGGGAAACUGAUAAAGCUCAGAGGCAUUCCCCUGAACCUGUUUAUAUUCGUUCUAAGACUAGCACAGAAAAAGUAAAAAAAUCCAUGCAAUCAUCUGCAGACUUGUCAUAUGCCCAGAAUAAAGUUUACGAUGUACAGUUGGGAGAUAUGAAGAAAAAAACAUGCUCUUACAUGUCAAACAGUGAGCAGCAGAUUAAAGCCAAUGUAGUCUCUAAGCAUCGACAGAAGACCUCAGAAGACAAAGGUUCUGAACCAAAGAGACGUUCAGCUGAAACUGUUGACCAACUAUGUGGAGCUGGUGGAAAAUCAUCAUCAGAAAACUCUGCAGAGAAGCCACAGUCUGUGGCCAAAGUAUCAGGGUCCGAGUUGGUUUCUAGUUUAACAAUUCCUCACCUUGUGGUUAAUAAAUCCAGAAAACAUUGUGAUGGGCUUAAACUGUCAGACAAAGAUAAAACCAGGACCUUAAGGACCACCAAUGCAAACAAAAAGAAUGGCUCCAGCAAAAAAAAUAAGCUGAAAAAUGUAAACAAAAGUGAAAGGGGAAAAUUUGUGUCCGAACCACAACUUCCAGAAGACAGACACCAUGAAUCAGAGGAUCAGGGUAGCAAAGGAAAAGAGUUUUCAAGACAGCUCUCACUACCUAACCAACUACCUUCCACCUCCAAGAAUAACUCUGAAUCCAGAAAUAGAUUGGCUUACUCUUCAAGAGUUUUGUCUUGUGAUGCAGAAAGUUCUGUUUCCUCAAAUCAUCUUACAUUUGAGCAGAACCCAUCAAUACCUAAGCAACAUUCUUCAAGACUUAAGCAGUCUCAUUAUUCCUCAGUAUCACGUCGUCAUGGCACUCCAUCAGGUUUGGUGUCCCCAUCAACUAUGCAAACAUCAGCAAAGAAACAAGUGACUGAAAACUGGAAUAACAGCUAUUUCCCAACCCCAAAAGAUAAGAAAGCAAACCUGGGAGCAGAGGAGGAUGCUAGGUCUUCUAGCACCUUUGUCAAGAACACAUCUGACAGACUACAUCAAGAGUCUUCAAAAGAAGUUAGACCAGGACCUAGUCAUGAGCGAGUCCGACAGAGGAACAGCUCCCAUGAGUAUGACCGCCCGCUGAUGAAGAGGGCCAAGGAUGAUUUUCGGAAGUUGGCAGAGGGAAGAAUUCGGGAUCCUUCAACAGAGCAAAGUCGCAACGUGGGUGAGGGUUACAAAUGGAAAGAAAAGCCGCCAGCAGCAAGGCUGCAAAAAUCUACCUCAGAGCGUCAUCUGACGUGUGACCAUGUGUCUUUUUUAUCAGGCCUGACAGAGCUGUCAAAUCUGUCAGGCUGGCCACGCCCCCCACCGUUUGAUGGUCAAGUCAACAAUUCCUCAUCGCUGAUGAAAUGAACCGCUGUCUUACUCCAAAUGGACCAAAUUCUAAACAACUGUUGGAACCAAAUGUCAAAGUUUUCUACUGUUUUUUGUAAAUAGGGCAAAGACCAUUUGAUACUUGUUAUACAGUGUAUGGGAUGUAUUUUAACUGUGUACAU